CUGGGGGAUAUCAAUGUUAAGUGACAGCAACCAGUAGGAGGAGAUACUACACAGAGUCAGGUGCGACUCCCUCCCUCUCAGUUUUUAGCAAAGAUGACGUUUCCUAAAAAGAAGUUACUGUGGUUCUUCCAUUUCAUCCUUAUCUCUCUAUAUAUUUCAGGUAUACAUUGUUUUGCUUCUGUAACACAAACCCCAAAUUCCUCCUAUUCUCUGGUGAACUCACAGACUGAGAUAACGUGUACCAUGAAAUCUUAUUCCAUCGACCAGUUGAAAGUUUACUGGUAUCGAGAGAGCAGUAUGAUGCCAAAUGCAGAGUUCGUUGUGGGAGCAUCAGUGACAGGAAGGAAUAUUUACAAUGACAAUUUCAAAAGCAAAGAUCGUUUCUUCAUUACAAGGGAUUCUUUUCAGCGUUCAUUCGUCCUGAAGAUAAAAAACGUGAAUCGCUCAGAUACUGGAGUUUAUUACUGCAUGGUAGAGGAGGCAUCAAAGAUGGUCAUUGGGAGUGGAACAAUGUUAUAUGUUGUUGACAAGUUGCCCACUAGACCACCAACUCUGAAACCAACAACAGCUAGCCCACCCUGCAAAUGCAAAGGGAAGGAACACAAUUCCAAAUCCUCUGAAAAAGGUUUUAAAUGCAGCCCAUUCAUUUGGGGCCCACUGGCAGGAGGUGCAGUUAUUCUUAUGAUAUUACUGGGAUUCGUUAUUUCACAUACACGUCGUGUCUACGUGAGAUCCCGUCAUUUCUUCACGAAGCACUUUACCAAAUAAGAAGCAUUUUAUGUUAUUCUGCCUCUUGAACAACUGUCAGACUUUUGGACCUGGUAUCGUAAAUAAUCCCCGAAAAGAUUAAGGCUUCUGGGAAAUCUGAGCCUUAAACAGAUGGUUUCUUCAAAGUGGAUUUGGACAUACGUGUCAUUAAAUGUACAUAUAUGUAUAUAUGUAUAUAUAGAGUUUACAUUGGACUAUGGUCUAGGGUUUUACUGACCUCAGGACCUCUAAGUGAUACGGAAUUCCAAGAUUUAGCCAAUAUCACAUCAUACGUUACUUUUCAUUUACAACAAUAUGACUAGACGUCUAUGGGAAAAAGUAAAAUCCUGUUUAGUCACAAUGUGAAUUGAUAUUUUUAUGUAAAUAAAUGUAUAAACAGAAAG